AUGGCGUCCAAUCCCUUUCCUAAGCCUGCGUCAACAAGGCAGGGCCGAUCAUUUUAUGAGGGCCUCCAUGGCCAGGCAGGGGAUACGGAGGGUCUCUUGGACGAAGAAAACCUGAACCAUGACUUUCACGAUUAUGAUUUAGAGAACGCCGAAGGUCUCGGGGUGGAAGAUAGCCGCACUACUGCGGGCGGGGUCUCCAGCCCGACCCCAAGAAGCCGCGGGCAACCAAAUAGCCGACCACGCAAGGAUCGGCGGUCUGCAUGGAUAUCACAAGAAGAUGAAGGUGAUAAUGACGUUCCGCCCUCGUUGCUGGUGGAGUGCAACGAGGUGGACUUGGCUGCCGGCCAGUCUAGAAAGAAGAGAGGAAACCAGUCGGCCGCUGUUCCGGGGCCACCAAGUACUCGCGCCCAGUGGGAGACGGCCCAAACACAACAGCUGCUGCACGGCGAUGCGGUAUUUAGGCCAUCACGUCACGACAACCGUUUACCGAACUCGGUGUUCGCCGGGGUGGUGUCUGGCAACGCCAAGAAGAAGGCUGAGUGGAGAUGGGCUAACGUCUCAAAUCUCGACAACUUCAUCAAGGAAGUCUACGAUUACUAUAUUGGCCAUGGGGUGUGGUGUAUCUUGCAAGAACGAGCCCUGCAUCUCGUCCAGAGGCUUUCCCAGGUCCUCGUGCCUCAGUGUACCAAGAACAUGUCGGGCGUUUGGAGCUUCGGUCUGUGGAUGUUCGCUUUCUACUUCAUUUGGAAAUCGAUCCAAUACCUCUUGGAUCUUGGGCGGCUACGCAACAUCCGCGAGUUCUACCUCCACCUGCUCGACAUCCCCGACCAAGACAUGCAAACGAUUACGUGGCAGGAGUUCUUCUCCCGCACCAUGGAGUGGCUCCUCAUGUUCAGCAUCGUCGAUUUUGUUUUCGACGAGAAAAACCAAGUCAACCAGGAUUUUAUCCGAUCCGAACGCCGAGCCGAACUGAGCUCGAAGCUCCGCGGACGAUUCCUGUUUACCGGAACCAUGGUCCUCUUUCUCUCGCCUUUUCUAGCCACCUACCUUCUAGUCGUCUACUUCCUCAUGUAUUUCCAUGAAUUUCAUAAGACUCCGUCUGCCUUAGGGGCUCGAACAUACACGCCGCUCGCCGAGUGGAAGUUUCGAGAGUUCAACGAACUACCCCAUCUGUUCCGGAAACGACUCGGCAUGUCUCAUCCAUUCGCCAGUCACUAUAUCGACCAGUUUCCCAAAGCCAAGACGGAGAUGCUUGCCUGGACGGUGGCUUUCAUUUCAGCUAUCUGGGCAACUGCCCGGGGUAUGACGUCGGAAGAGAAUUCGGUUUUCGAUCCCGAGUUCGCUAUGCGGAAUGUCAUUCAAUAUACUCAUUAUGAGCCGGAUCACUGGAAGGACAGACUCCAUAGCUUUGACAUCAAGCUCGAGUUCUCGGAGCUGUACAAACCCAAGGUGGUCAUCUUCCUCGAGGAAAUUUUGAGUAUCCUCAGUAUCCCCUAUGUUUUGUUGUUUAGUCUUCCCAGGUCUAGCGACCACAUCAUCGACUUUUUCCGGGAAUUUACCAUUCAUGUUGACGGACUCGGCUACGUUUGCACCUUCGCCGAAUUCGACUUCAAGAAGGGCAUUGGUAAAGGCGAUGGAAACAAAGACGGCAGGGAUGCGGACGUUCGAGACGAUUACUACUCGACGAAACAUGGGAAGAUGGAAGCUUCUUACUAUGGCUUCAUGGGCAACUACGGCAACUACGCCCUUAACCCACGGACCGGAGCGGCAUCACAUCUACCGCCGGGGGCUCGGAGUCAGUUCCAUCCGCCGCCAGCCUGGCCAAGUAUAAACUCGCCGCCGCCUGCAACCGACCUCCAAACCUCAAGGAUGGGCUGGGAACGGGCGAGGGGUGGAGGUUUAGCCAGGGAAGCGCGGUACGGCGCAGCACUGCCGCAACCAUCACCCAUGGCGUCCAUCUUGCUCGACCCACAUCAUCAUCCGCCGAAUACGCUCCUUGGUGGCAGAAGCAUACACACGCCUCGCCACCAACGCGGCGCAGGUUACCAGGGCGUUAUUGAAGAAGGUCUUGAAGAUGAUGGUGAGGUUAGUGAAGUUGGCAGGCCACGGGAUUAUGAGGAAGCGUACGAAAGCGGGGGCGCCCUCGACGAAUCGGCAUGGCAGACAUCACCUACCCGAACGCUCAGCAGGGAGAACAGUGCAGCAGAAACCAGCCGACCACCAGAAGCCGGAGUUGUUCACAUGAUUUAUCAAUUCAACCAAGCGCAACUGAAUCGCAGACCGGGAGGAGUGCGAUGA